CACUAACACCAGAUCUCUUUCAACUAUUGCAUACAUACAUAUAAACACUAUGGCGGACAACGAAAUUGCUACACGUGCGCCCGAGAGCGAUGCGCAGCAAGAUACUCAACAGCAGACGCCUCAGGGAGAAGCCAAGGUCCCGGAGCCAGCGCCAGAGAGCGUCUUUCCUGGAGACACUAGAGCACAAGAUGGACCAAGCAUGGGUGAACACUGCACGACAGACCGCCCUACCCCCGCCGGCGAGAGACCUACAGGUGAUCUGACGAAGCUCGGUGGUGUCGAAUGCUACGUUGCUAAGCCUGCCGACUACCCGCAUUCGCCCUCGAAACUCCUGCUUAUGCUCACGGGCGGUACCGGCGUCAAGUCUACCAACAACCAGCUACAAGCAGACAAGUUUGCUGCGGAAGGGUACUUGGUCGUGAUGCCUGAUCAAUUCGAUAACGACCCAGCACCAAACAGUGUCAGCAUGGACGAGGUCUCGCAGGAUGCUUCUUGGCUUGAGGCUGUCAAAUUGAGAACGGCGGAGGGCAUAAAGUCAUUUAUGAUUGACAUGUGGCUCGCGCGUCACACUCCCGAGAAGGUUCUUCCGUUGCUGCACAAGGUCAUUGAGGGCGCCAAAGAGGAAUAUGCUGAUGCUGUCGCGAAUGGUGGAGGCAUCUACGGUGUCGGUUACUGCUUUGGCGCAAAGUACAUCCUCAUGCUAGCCUCUGAACUCCCUGAUACCAUUGCCUGGGGUCAAGAAACUCCAAAGGAUGAAGAGCAAGGAACAACGAAGAAAGAACCUGUGCUUCGAGCUGGCGCUGUCGCACACCCAACUAUGACAUACAAAGAGGAUCUCGAGGCCGUCAAGUCUCCAGUCUACAUCGCCGCAGUGAAAGAUGAUCCGAUGUUCUCAGAAGAUGAUGAGCUAACACCUGGUCGGAGAGCUAUGGAGAAGAACAAGGUUGAGCACGAGAUUCAAGUCUUCUCUGGAGUACCUCAUGGCUUCGCCGUCUUUGGGGAUUACGAGGAUGCGAAGAUCAAACAGUCGCAAGCACAAGCUUUUGGUCAGAUGCUAGCCUGGAUACAAUCGCAUUAGGGCCUCAUCUUUGAGCCUACAAAAAGCCUACAUGGUAUAAUGAAUUUUCUGUCACUGCGGUCAGCAGUUCGCAUACCAUGGAGGAAUUCCUAAUUAUGAUUUGGCGUUAAGGUGGGUGGAAGUGGCAUAGGCCAUGUCAAAAUCUUACCAAUAUUGUCGUUUCAAGUGAUUUGAGCCUUUUCAUUGAUUCUGUUGGGUUUAUCCGCAACUAAACUUAUUUCGAGGCUCUACACACGUACGACUGUGAGCCGUCUGAAAACAUAGAUAAUACAAAUCCAAAGUGAAUACCUAGGAAUGAAGAUGAGCAUUCAAGCUGCUUUUUGUAUGGAUUUCGAGCAACCAGAGACACUAUUGCAAUUCGGUUC